CUAAAAUUAGAUGUAUUGAGCAUGCUUUUGAGUCUGAUAGAAAAGUUUAUAUGAAUUUGAAAUCACUUAGAAAAGUAUCGUUGGAAUUAUUAUUAUUAUUUUUAACAGCUUUUUAGUCAAGAUUCUAGAAAGUUGCAGGCUUCUUAUCUUGAACGCAACUCCUAUGGAAUCCGCUACGCAAACUACGUAGUUGCUGUCAAAGUUUCCCGCGAAACUACUGCACAUGCAAAUCUAUAUCAAAACAGUUCUACACUGGUGAUAUCCCUGCACUGGGUAACCCAGCAGUCUCUUAGCAGCUUACCAAUAAGAGCAGAGGAGCGGUCAUCUCGUGGCAGUUCAGCUGCCUGUUCCUGAUAUUGUCGCAGGCAUCUAAAUGUCAAGACGGGCCAUGAGUGAGGUAAAUGAUAGGGAUUGUGAUCCCCAGAACUCCCAUGUUGACAGGAGAUGGGACAGUCAGUUGUCAGUCCUCCCAGACAAGCUACAACAGAGACUGAUGCCAUUCCAAAAGGAGGGAGUCAAAUUUGCCCUAUCAAAGAAUGGAAGGUGUAUGAUUGCAGAUGAGAUGGGUCUAGGGAAGACGGUGCAGGCUAUCUCUGUGGCCUACGCCUACAGACAGGAGUGGCCUCUGCUCAUCGUGGUGCCCUCCUCUCUAAAGUACCCCUGGAUCGAGGAGAUGGAGAGGUGGAUCCCUGAGCUCAACCCUGGAGAUAUCAACCUGGUGGAGACCAAGAGUGACACGCUGGGGAUCAGUAGCAGUAAGGUAACAGUGUUGGGUUAUGGGCUGCUCACCACAGAUGCACGCCCCCUGGUGGAGGCUCUGACCAGACAGAGGUUUAAUGUGGUGGUGGUGGAUGAAUCCCACUACCUCAAGUCCAGGAACGCAGCCAGGUCUAAGAUACUGGUACCACUCAUCCAGAACGCCAAGCGGGCCAUCCUACUGACGGGCACCCCGGCCCUGGGACGGCCAGAGGAGCUCUUUAUGCAGAUAGAGGCUCUCUAUCCGAGGAUGUUUGGAACGUGGAGUGACUACGCCAAACAAUACUGUAACGCCCACUACAGGUUCUUUGGUAACAGGAGACAGUGGGACCGUCGUGGUGCCUCUCAUCUUGAGGAACUCCACCAGCGUCUCAGUGAGAUCAUGAUCCGGAGGCUGAAGGUCCAGGUCCUCCCCCAGCUACCCCCCAAAAUACGCCAGCGCAUCCCCUUCGACCUGCCCAAAGACGCUGCCAAGGAGGCGAGCGGCAGCUUGGAGGAGUGGGAGCGCCUGAUGAGGACGAUGGGUUCGGGGGUCUCUGCCACGGACAACCCCUUCACUGAAGUCAUGGGGCUCGUGACACGCAUGUACAAACAGACCGCCAUCGCUAAGGCCGGAGCAGUGAAAGACUACAUAAAGAUGAUGCUGGAGACUGAGAAGUUAAAGUUCCUGGUGUUUGCUCAUCACCUGACCAUGCUACAGGCAUGUACCGAGGCUGUCAUCGAAGCCAAGGCCAGUUACAUCCGUAUCGAUGGCAGUGUCCCGUCCUCAGAGCGUAUCCACUUGGUUCACCAGUUCCAGAAUGACCCUGAGACGCGCGUGGCCGUCCUCAGCAUACAGGCUGCUGGGCAGGGCCUGACGUUCACAGCAGCCACUCACGUGGUGUUUGCUGAGCUGUACUGGAACCCUGGCCAUGUGAAGCAGGCUGAGGACCGGGCGCACCGCAUCGGACAGACCGCCUCCGUCCACGUGCACUACCUCAUCGCCAAGGGAACCUUUGACACCGUUAUGUGGGGCAUGCUCAACAGGAAGGAAACGGUAACGGGCAGUACUCUGAACGGUAAGAAGGAGUACUUAAAGGCAGAGUUGGGGGAUAAGGACAAAUGGGACUUCCUGAAUUUCGCCGAGGCGUGGACACCAAGCGAGACGACCCUGACAGCAGGAGGAGUGGUUGACAAUGACAAAGAUCCUGUGUUCUUUAACCAUUUUGAGAAGGACAAACAGCACGACAUCCGUUCGUUCUUCUCUCCGGACGCGGGUAAAGAGAAGAAGAGGAAAAGAACAGAGGGUGAGGUUUGCCUAUCCCCCGUUACCCCCUCAGAGAAGGAGGGUUCUAUAGAUGUGGAGAACUCAGAGGGUGACAAGGAGAAAAACUACAACUCCCAAGAUCCCCCUGACCUCCAGGACCUAGACUUCUCUCCCCAGGUGAAGAGGCUGCGGCUGCCCACCUCCACCCUCACCCCCAGCGCUACCCACAGCCCCAGGUCUCGUCUUGGGGGGAAACGGACGUCCCUCCAUGGGGGGAGAGGCACGAGCAGUAGUCCCCUGGCCUCUCUGUUUACCCCCCGUCGGCUCUCUGAGAAAGGGACCCCGAAACCAAGGUUGAGCCCCAGACCAGGACCACCAGAUCAGGGGAAGGGAGAUCAGUGGAGCUGUGGGGCCUGUACUUACUCCAACAGCAUCCUGCUCCUUUACUGUGAGGUGUGUGAGUCCCCACUCCACAGGCCCAGCACUG